AUGCAGCCGAAGCUCCAAGAUCCAUCCCUACUCAAGCUCAACGUCGGCUUUAUUAAUGACGAAUGGGUGCCCGCCAGAUCAGGGAAGACUUUCGAAGUUCAUGACCCAGCAACAAGGUUCCUGGUUGGAACAUGUCCCGAAUUCACCAAGGCGGAAACCAACGAGGCAAUCCUAGCUGCCCGCGAUGCCUUUUCCAAAUUUCACCUUCAGACCGGCCGGCAACGCUCUAGGAUUCUACGUCGUUGGUACGAUGAGGUUAUGGCAAAUGCAGACGACCUUGCAAUCCUAAUCACCUGGGAGAACGGCAAGCCACUAAACGAUGCAAAGGCAGAAAUCGCCUACGCUGCCGGAUUCCUCGAAUGGUUUAGUGAAGAGGCUGCUAGAAUCUACGGCGAUACUAUUCAAGGAUCCAACCCCACGCAUCGUAUGAUCACAUACAAGGAGCCGAUCGGGGUAUGUGGUCUGAUUACGCCGUGGAACUUCCCUGCUGCUAUGAUUACCCGGAAAGUUGCUCCCGCGCUCGCUGCCGGGUGUACAGUUGUAUGCAAAGCUCCGGGCGAGACGCCAUUUACAGCGCUUGCUUUGAUGGAGCUGGCAUGUCGUGCUGGAUUGCCUCCCGGUGUACUAAAUAUGAUCACUGCGCUUGACAAUACAAUUGAAAUCGGACAUAUGUUGACUACCUCGCCUCUGAUUGACAAGGUCUCAUUCACUGGCUCUACCAAUGUCGGAAAAAUCCUGAUGAAGCAGUCGUCGUAUACCCUGAAGAAGCUGUCCAUGGAACUCGGCGGAAAUGCACCAUUUAUCGUCUUUGAGGAUGCAGAUUUUGACGCUGCUAUUGCUGGCGCCAUUAUAGCCAAGUUCCGGUCAUCCGGUCAGACUUGCGUCUGUGCUAAUCGAAUAUAUGUCCAGGCCGGUAUGUAUGAGCGUUUUGUGAAAGCUUUUACGGAGAAAGUCAAAUCUUUCAAGGUCGGAAAUGGGUUUGAUGCUGCCACCACCCAUGGGCCCCUGGUUCAAGCACGUGCUGUGGAAAAGGUUGACUCCCAUGUCCGCGAUGCGGUAAAGAAAGGUGGCAAAAUCACCGUUGGCGGACAUGGACUGUCGUUGGGACCGGCCUUCUAUGCACCGACAGUGAUUCGUGAUAUGACAGCCGAUAUGGACAUUGCUCGAGAAGAGACCUUUGGACCCGUGGCGGGUAUAUUCUCCUUCACGACGGAGGAAGAAGUGGUCAAGCUGGCAAACAAUACCUCGAUAUUCCGUGUUGCAGAGAGCCUGAAGAUUGGAAUGGUUGGCGUUAAUACUGGUGUGAUCUCGGAUCCUGCGUCGCCGUUUGGUGGCGUGAAGGAGAGUGGGUUUGGACGAGAAGGGUCGAAGUAUGGUCUCGCUGAGUUUCAGGUCAUCAAAACAGUUACGUUUGGAGGUAUGGGGAAGACAUUAAAAAUUUGA